GGUUUAUUAUAAAUUUUAUAUUUAUGAUUAUAUGUUUAAUUUAACUCGAUAACGAUAAGAAUACUAUAUCCGAUCUUAAAAUUAACGAGAAUGAUUGUUUGCUUGACAACGGAAUAGCUCAAUAACCAAGAUAUAGUCAUACAUAAAGAAUCAAUUUUGGCUCAAAUAAUAUCAGAAUUAUAAAUAUCUUGGAAAUGAAUCUUUAAAUCGAAGAUAUUUUACAAUAAACAAAUUAUUCAACUAUUAUCUAAUUACGAUCUCUAGACAUGAAACUAUUUAACUAUUUUAAACUUAGAAUGUUUUAACAAUCUAACUAUAUCAAUCUAACUAUAUUCUUAGAAAUAAAGAUCGUAUAUUCAAAUUAUUUUUAUAUUCAAAUUACAAAGUAAAAUGUCUUGGAUUAUAAUAUAUAAUAAUAGCGUUCGGAAAACUUCCUGAUACUAUCUACAAUUUUUCAUAUUGUUAUAUCAUGAACAUGGAUGUAUUUGUAACAGAUUCAUUACACUUCGCAUCUCGAAUCACCAAUGAUGUUAAGAAAAUAUGAUGAACCGCUUUUAUAAUACAAUUUUCUUAGAAUUCAAUAUUAUUCAGAAUUACAGAUUUGGAAUUUUACCGUUUAUUUCCAAGUACAUCGAAUAUUACAUUUUUCAAAUAAAAUUAAUGAAGAUAAAGAUCUGCGAAUUUUUUUUUAUGUACAUUUUUUAAAUAAUAUUUAUUCAAAACUGAAGAAAUAAAAUUUAUAUCAUUGUUUGAAAAAAUUUGUUUUGAUUUUGUUAAUCUUGUUUUUUUUGAUUUUGCAGAUUUACAUAUUAUUUAUAGUUACAUAUUGAUCAUCUCAUUGGAACAAUGCCAUUCCCCUUCUACUGCGAAAACCUUGACAUAAAAUAUUAGAGCGCGUCUUUAAAUAUUUCUGAAUGCAUGGCAGUUGCACAUAAUAUGUAAAUCUUAAAUCAUUUCUUUUUACUAUUUCUUAUUAAAUCUUAUUAAAGUGACAAGUAAACAUACUAAUCAAAACUUAAUGAAAUAAAUAUUAAAUAUAUAAGGAAUUUAAUAGAUUUUGUAAAAGAAUAUUAAAUAAAGAUUUUGAAAAAGAAAGUGAUUUUUACUUUUAUUUGUAACAAAGUGGACUGACAUAGUGUAAAAAAAUAUUACUAUUGUGCUAUUAAAUGAUUAAUUUCAACAAAUGUAAUCUUGAGAUAAAUGGUAAAUCCAAGGGAAAUGUGACGUUUUCAUGAAUCAUCUAAUUCUUAUUGAAUGAAUGCAAUGUUGCAUUCUAUUAAAACCUUUCAGUCAAAUGAGCCAAAAUAUUUGCGCAUAUCCCCAUCAAAAUUAUCAAAAUAAUACACAAAUUGAUUUUGAAAGUAAAAAAGGAAGAAGGAUAGAAAGAUACACUUCAAAUUAUGAAGAUAGUAAUGCAUCAUUCAAAAUUUUGUCAAGAAAUCAAGAAAAAGAAAAUUUAUCAUGGGAAAGUAUGUUAUCAGAUGCUCAAAUUGUUUUUCCUGACGAUCAAAAAAAAGUACCUUCUUGUAGAGGAUCUACUUUUUGCGAAAAAGUAGACUCUUAUCCUGAAAAUGUUGUAAAUACUGCGAUUCAAAGAAACGAAAGUAUUAAAUAUUUGGCUACUGUAGAUAUAUUAUCUGAUAUAUCACAGAGGAUCGAUUUCAUGGACGACAGCCCUCUUUGUCAGUCAAAUGAGCGAGUUGUAUUUCCUAAAUCAGCAAUAAAUAAAGAUAGUGAAUGGAAAUACGUUGCGAAUCAAGAAAAUUUUAAACAGGGUGUACGAGUUGAAGUGUGUCAAAAAGAAGACACAUGUAAUGUAAUAGGAAAUCUUCCUUUAGGUUACAAAUCAAUUUGUAAACAAAAAUUCAUUCAAAGAGAACUUUUGUCUGUAUCGUCAAAUGGCUCAAUGUCUCCAGACACUUUCCUAUUUCCAUCAAGUUGUUGUUGCCAUGUAACAUUUACUACAAAUACACGAAUGGGUUUUGAGAGGCAAAGUCAAGUUAAAUCUAUUCGUAAAUCGUCACAUCAGAGACGCAAACGCAAUGAAGUAUCAUCUUUUAAUGGAGCAAUUAAUGUAAAGUAAUAGGCCCUUGAUAGUCAUUUCUGAUGUAAUUGUUUCGCGAAUAAAAUCAAAUUUUAAAUUUUU